AUGCCGGAGGGGACUUCAAAGGGCACUACUGCUUCAAAAAAAGGCUUUAAGAAUAAAGCCAUGGUUAAAACUCAGGAGAAAGAAAGGAAGAAGCGCAAAAGAUGCCGGAAAGAGAGCUACUCUAUUUACAUCUACAAGGUGUUGAAGCAGGUCUACCCUGACACUGGUAUUUCUUCGCAAGCCAUGAGUAUCGUAAACUCUUUCGUUAACGACAUCUUCGAGCGCAUCGCGGGCGAGGCGUCGCGCCUGGCGCGUUACAACAAGCGCUUGACCAUCACGUCCAGAGAGAUCCAGACGGCCGUGCGCCUGCUGCUGCCCGGGGAGCUGGCCAAGCACGCCGUGUCCGAGGGCACCAAGGCCGUCACCAAGUAUACCAGCUCCAAGUAA